AUGAGUACAACCACGGCUGCGGCCGCUGCGAAAAUGACCAGCACAACGGCUGUAGCCAUAAGUCUAGUGUUGUCCAGUUGCGUUGUAGCAAAUGCUUUCCGUCAAAAGAAACAAUUUUACCCAUCAGUCGUAUACAUAUGUAAAUCCAACCCAAGUAUGGCAAUAAUGUAUAUGCAAGCUUUAGUGGCCGUCUAUUUAAUCGGAAAAUUAACCGGAAAAUUAUUUUUUGGCUCAUUACGCCCUGCAGAAUCGGAGCGUUUAAUUGAAAAAGCCUGGUACGCUGUGACAGAAACAUGUUUAGCAUUUACUAUUUUUAAAGAUGAUUUGAGUCCCAAGUUUGUAGCUCUAUUUACAUUAUUAUUAUUUUUAAAAUGUUUUCAUUGGUUGGCAGAGGAUCGAGUAGAUUAUAUGGAACGUACUCCAGUUAUAUCAUACAUAUUUCAUUUGCGCAUAUGGUUGCUAUUAGUUAUCUUAACUUUGGGUGACGUAUAUUUCGUUCAUGAUGCAUAUACUACUACAAUGGCCAAAGGCCCAUCGGUACAAUUAGUAUUUGGAUUUGAAUAUGCAUUACUCAUCACAUUAGCAGCUAAUGCUGCCUUUAAGUAUGUAUUGCAUGCAGUUGAUGUACAUAGUGACACAUUUUGGGAAAGUAAAGCUGUUCUCCUGCUGUACCUUGAAUUUUUUAUUGGGUUGUGUAAAGCUGUGAUGUAUGUGGUUUUCCUUAUAAUCAUGGUACGAACAUACACAAUACCACUAUUUGCUUUUCGACCAAUGUAUCAUACACUAAGAAAUUUCAAAAAAGUAUUCCAAGAUCUUGUACUCUCUCGUAGAGCAAUACAUAAUAUGAAUACUUUAUACCCGGAUGCUACAUUACAAGAUUUACAAGCCAUUGAAAAUGUGUGUAUUAUAUGCCGGGAAGAUAUGACAGCUGCAGCUGCAAAAAAAUUGCCUUGUAAUCAUAUAUUUCAUACAUCAUGUCUACGCAGCUGGUUCCAACGUCAUCAAACUUGUCCAACUUGUAGAUUAGAUAUUUUGCGCCCAACGCCUUUGACAACUCAGAAUUCUAAUGUUCCUAGACCAAUAACACCAACACCUGGCAGGACAGCCCAGGAAACACCAUCAACUGAAGCAGCUGCAUCAUCUUCUGCCACCGAUAAUAGUCGUGGACCAUCUACUAGUAAUCCUACACAUGUAUCAUCAAAUCAAGCAGGAAGUAGUGGAAGUUCCUAUUAUAAUCAAACGCCACUCCAGUAUCAAUUUAGACCGUAUACAUUUCAACAACGAUCAACAUCUGUUGAUGAAAUUAAUGGAAACAACAGUGAAAAUUCAAAUAAUGGUAUACCUGAAUCAAAUAAUAUGAAUGAAUCAUGGAUUGCGUUUAUGAAUGCAGCAGGAAUAGGUGGUGGAAUUGGGCCAUCUUCAUUGUUCAAUGAUAUGCCACAAACAUCCACCAAUUUACCAUCUACAAACAUACCACAGAUUCCACUUAAUUUACCAUUUGUUGGUGGAAUUGCAAUUCAGCCACCAAAUAUACCUCCUAACUUGGAUACACUAUCUGAUGAAGAAUUACGUCUAAUGGAGCAAAAUACAAGACAAGGAUGUUUAGCACGUAUUAAAUACAUUACUGAUAUUAAAUGUAUGCUGGACGCUGCUGUUGUGAUGAUGAAUCAGUAUUCAUCAGCAUGUCUUAUGGCUGGUCUUGAUAGUACGGAUUCAACUUUUAACAGUGAAACUAAAACUUCGGAUACUACAGAAAAUGAUGAGCAGUUAGAAACUAGACCACCAAGUAAUAUUUCUUCUGAAACGGAUUCUAGUACCGGUAGUGGAGUUACUAGCAGCAGCAGUGGCAGUGAAGAUCAAUUAAUCCAAGAAGAAACUGAACAGCAGCGAAUUAUUAGGUUAAAAAGGUUGGAGAAAUUUGGAAGCAAUUCCACGUAA